AUGAUGAAAUCAGAGGUGAGAAGUGAAGAGAGAAAACAGUUGAAAAAACCAGCACAAGCAAGUUCAAGAAAAGGCUGCAUGCGAGGCAAAGGUGGACCUGAAAAUGCAAGCUGCACUUACAAAGGUGUGAGACAGAGAACCUGGGGCAAAUGGGUGGCUGAAAUCCGCGAACCUAACCGCGGAGCUCGUCUUUGGCUCGGUACUUUUGAAACUUCUCAUGACGCUGCUUUAGCUUAUGAUGCUGCUGCUCGUAAGCUGUAUGGUUCUGAAGCAAAACUCAAUCUUCCAGACCUUUCUCCUCAUUCUGCAUCCUCUGAGACAAUAUCACAAACACCUCAAAUGCAACAUCAACAAAUUCAAGUUCAAGCCAAUCUCAACAACAACAACAGCUUCAAUAUUUCAAACAUCAAUUCAUGCAACAUGAACAACAUGAGCAACAUGAGCAACAUGAACAACAUGAGCAACAAUAACAUUAACAAUAGCAUCAAGAGCACUGUUUUUGUUGGUGAUAUUGGACCAAUAUAUAACAGUGAUAAUUCCGUUGUGCCAUUUCCAAUGGAUGUUCCAAACACAAUGGAACAAGUAGUUGUUGAUCAAAGCUACAACAAUAUUAACAAUCCAAAGGGUAUUAUGGAGAAUAAUGAUUCAUUUUUUGGAACAAUGAAUUAUGAAACCACCAUGCCAGUGGUUGAUGAUGAUUCAAUCUGGAGAGAAGCUGCUAUGUCUCUGGAUGCUGCAAUUUCAAUGGAUUAUCCAAUGAUCAGUGAUCCUGAAGGAAUAUAUAAUUCUGGUGGAAGUUUCGGUGGUUGGGAUUCUCUACAAACACCCUGGUGCAUGUAA